ACUCUCCUUUAUUUGUGUAAGACAACUAAAAUUUAUAGUUUGUUGGAUUUAUUAGACUCUAAACGUUUAUAUUAUUUAAUAUAAAUAAAGCACGCAAUAUAGGUUUUUCCGAAUACCAUACUUGGUGAGUUAUACCUUGAUAAUGAAAUAGCCUCCUGCCCAUGUAACAGGACAUAAUUUAGGAAGUUGUUUUGCAGUUAGACUAUCGACUAACAUUGAUCAUUGAGUCAUUGUAUUUUAUUGUACUUUCUUUGUUUAUAUUUUAAUUUUUGUAAUGAUUAAUAAAAUAAAAUAAUGAUUUACUAAAUUUACAAAACCAAGUGGAAGUCAAAUUUAACAGUUCAGAGGCCUACUCAUAUUCACUGCCAACAUUAGCAAGCAGGGUAAAGUUUAAGCUAUAUAUAGGCAAGAAUAAAAAAUGCUUACUUUCCCCUACCCUAAAUCCACAUGUUUUAUAUUUUUAGUAGGCUAAUGAUAGUUGUGGAUGCCACCACAUCUUUUAGGUGUUGCCGUGAAUUAGGGUUCAGUUAAGGUUUAAGGAUACAUUUAUGGUUCAGGUUAGGUUUCGGGAUACAUUUACUUAGAUUUAGUGACAGAAUCAACUGGUUUCUCAACCAAGAUGGUGGCCAAUCAUGGCAUCCACGAUCACCAUUUACCGUUAUUUGUACUUGUACUGAACUGAGUGACAAAAAAGGCUGUCACGCAGAGAGCUUCAUUCUUGAUGAUUGAACUUGCUAAAUAGGUUAAUUUUUUUCUUUGGGGGAGGCGACUAUUAUAUUAAUCAAUAAAAAGCCACGGUCACAGGUAUGGUGUAAGUCUGUCUAGGACUAUUGUUUAAGACAGUGUUUACACGUCCGGCGACCGGACGAAUUCUUUAUCGAGAUAUUCGUCCGGCGACCAAGUCACAUGACCGCUAUAACAAAGUGGCGCGAGAUAUUUGUUCGUCAGCCUUGUCACGUGAUCGCAAACAGUACAGCCGCAUUUACUGGGUAUCUCGCAAACAAUUAAUAGAAAAAAAUACUUGGGUAUAUUACCAAAACAAAGUGGGGAUGGGGGUUAAGCAAUGAUGCAUUCUAGAAGGAAGCAAUGCUGAGAGGGAGAGAGAAUUGCGAUAAUAAAAAAGGCACUGGCAGGUAGGGUGUAGGACUUUGUUGUGUAGGCCUAUUACUUAAAGGCCAACAGGUGAAUUGUAGCUCUUCACCCCAUUCUCAUGGCCCUUUCAGAGGGCAGUGAGCACCCAGGGUGAUGCGGCAUAUAUUCUGGGAACCACUGGGCUCGCAGAAUAGCCAGCAGUGAAAACCUGUGUCACAUUUUGUUUACUGUUAAUCAUAGUUAUAGAAAAAUCAUUGCAUUUUGUUGGUUGUCUUAUUUUGGGAAGGGGGGCUGUGUGUUUUGAAAGCUCAUUGUACGUUCGAAUGGGGGUCACCAAAAAAUUAUGUGUGCAACAGGGGGAGGAGGUAAAAAAUUUGACAUUUUUUGCAUACGUACCAUAAAGAUGGCCCCUCCUCAUAUUUUUUUGCUUCGGUGCUGUAUGUGACAUAAUUAUUUCUUAUGAUUGGACCACGGCAAGUGCAGAAAGGGAAAAAACUAGAGAAUGCACUCUCAAUUGUUCAGUGCAGCAAUAUUAGAUUUCAACAUAUUAAAUAGCAUUUGAGGGGGCUGUACAAUUUUUAAUACCACUCUUCCUUUCACCAAUUUAAAGCUUGUGGUAGUUAUCAGACUGUAUUAUGUUAACAGGAAAUGGGCAUAAUGGAUAUUGAUUCUUGUUAUUUUUUUGAAAACAAGUUUUCCUAAAAAAUAAAUCUCAAGUCACUUGGUACAUUUUUUUUUAAUGAUGGUUGAAUGUGUUAAUUCAUAUUCUAAUAGAUUUUAUUUUAUGCUGAUCUGAUUUUGAGUUUCAACAGUGUCUUUAUUUUUACUGGUGAGAGACUGUGAUCAUGUGAUCUGUACUUUCACCUGAAUAUUAAUUGAUAUCUAUAGCAGACACAUGUCUGCAAAAAAAGUGACCACAUAUUGCAAUAUAAUCGUCAGUCAUCUACUUUUACCUUCAGUUACCUUUUUUGACAUCAGCUUAACUCGAUUCCACUAGACAUGCGAUGCGAAUAGUUAUUGUAUACAUUAUAUAUACUGUUUGUUUAUUGAUUUUCUGUUAAGACAUUAUUGUACGAUUUUAGGAGUUCGAGGGUAAACGGGUCUGUUAAUAAGACUCAAAUAUCAUUUGCACAUAAAACAGUCUAGGUAAGCUUUAUUUUAAGAAAAAUUACACAUUUAAGAUGUUUGGUCUACGCUAAUACUUUCAUCAGUAAAACAAACAGAAAUUGAAAGGCUUAUGGUAGACUACAGUAAAUCACAAGGCAAAUUAAUAUUGUUUCAGAUUUUUAGAUGACAGUUGACUUUAUUAGAGGUUAUAUGCUUUUUAUGAUCUGUCAGAAUUUCAGGUUAAUCAAUGCAGAAUGUUCAGUCUAGGUGAUGAGUGGGGUGAUCCAAGAUGUUUACCACUCUUUCCACUCAAAAAAACUCUUCCAUUGAUCAAAAAUACCGCCCCUCCUUAUAUAGAUAAAAAAUCUUCAUAUGGAGGGGCAGUAUUUUCUGCCAACUGUAGAGUUUUUUCUUGGAUGCGGGCGGCAAACAUCUUGGACCACCCCAUGGGGGACAUUACCUUUGCUACGCCACUGUAUGUACUCAUUCUGCCUCCCGCCUCAUACGUAAUAAAUGGAUGGCCCAUUUAAACACUGAAUUUGAAUUGCUAUAAGAUAUUUAUAGAUUUAAUCAUGACUCUAAAUUUUUCUUUUAACACAACCUUUCCAUGAUAGUGGUCUGUUAUCAGAACACAAACCCUCCCCCACCUACCCUCAAUUAGUUUGAAAAUCAACGGUCUUCUGUACAUGAAUGAGAGUAAAACACUUAUAUAUUUUUAUGUUAUUAACUAAAUACUAGUUAUUGGGUCACAGUUAUAUUAUUUUCAUGUACUUUCUACAAAAUUAACAUUAAUAUAUAAUUAAUAAACAGUGAUACUUUUACAUGAGGUAAAGGUACGCAUAUUCUAAAUUGAUAACAAUAAUGACAGUGAGGGGCCUUAUAGAAAUAGCUCUUUGUUAUCUUAAUUUUUCUUUCAUACUUUUUCCAUAUUUUCUCCAUUAUUUUUCCCCAUAUAUUUGUCUCUAUGGAAAUUGCGGCUCUAGCAGCAGCCUAUAUCUAAAUCCGGUACUGGGCCUAAUAACUAACUAACAUUUAUUUUAUAAUUUUAAAUUACAAUUAUUUUUAUUUAAAUUGAUUGAUAAGUUUCUGAUGAGUGGUUGACAUGUUUUUUUUUUUUUCAGGUUGAAUUAUGGCAACUCAAGAAACAAUGAAAAAACCUGCACUGGAAAUGGUAAUUUCAUUUAUAUUUUCAAUGAUCCUAUUGCAUAAAUACAUCAAAACUUCUUACUUUUUAGGCUUAAUAAUGUAAUUUUACUUUUAUUUAUAGAUAAUUGUAUUGACAAAUAACUGACAUGACAUACUGUUCUUUUGAGUAUUGAGUGAUCUUAUCUUUUCACAUUAAUCUUUAAAUUUUUGCAAGGCUUAUGACUUACAAAAUAAUAGGAGGCUAUCCUAUAAAUAAGUGCAGUGAAACCUCUAGAUUUAUGGACACCAAUUAUCACAUUAAUUAUGUCACAGCGACAUUAAUGAUUAAUGUAACUGUAACUUACCGUCAGUAACGUUAACGUCUUAAAUGCUGGAUUUACCAUAUUCCUUGCAAAUAGCCUUAAGAUUUUUAAAAUAAAGGAAGAUAGGAUUAGGGCAUUUCAUUAUUUUAAAAACACAUUUUUAAAUCUCUUGUCAUUUAUAGUUGAUUGGGGUGUUGAAGUUUAAUUAGUUAGAGUGGAUUUGGGAUUAUGUUGCAGGAGAAUAUAUGUAUAUAUUUUAUACUUUUUUUUUCCUCCACCUCUAUGGUACUUUGAAAAAAAAAAAAAUUAUGUUCAAGUAGGUAGGUAUGAAAUUUUAGGAGCCAUGCCACGUUUGCAUUAUAGUCAAACUUGCCUUUCAGCUGGGUUCCAAUGUUUGUUAUGUUUGUUCAUCAUUUAGUUUUUUUGUAUCAUGUCUAUAUCAGCCUGCAGUUAGAAUUCUAAUUUUUUUUAAAUUAAUUUUUCACUUCAUGCCAUAUUUCAUUUAGCUGGAUACAAGAAAUGAUGGAGAUGAAACUGUGCAGACUUUUAUACUUCAUGAUGAAGACCACACUUUAGGAAAUGCAUUAAAAUAUAUUUUAAAUAAAAAGUAGGCCCAUUUUAUACUUCUAGUAAAAAUAUUUCCUUGUGAAAAGAUAAUGAAAGAGUUAUUUUUGUAAUAGCAGUAUCAUUAUGUAUUUUUGUUAUAAAAUAAUACUGCUAAUAAAUGUAAAAAAAUUCAAUUUCUAGACAUUUCGAAAGUAGAAACUAAAGAGUAUAUUAAAGGAUAAUCUUUUCUUAACUCUCAGUUUUACCCUGUAAAUUAAAAAAGACAUAUAUAGAGCGUAAAAUGUAUAGGGAUUACUAGGGAGAAGAUGUCAUAAGUUUUUGGGAAUGAAAGAAUAAUUUCCAAAAGCUAAAAAAAAUUGCUCGAAUGUGGUUGAGACAUAAUUCCAACAUAAUAUAUUUUCAGCCCAGAGGUAAUAUUUGUAGGUUACAGUAUAACACAUCCAUCUGAAAGCAAAAUAAACCUCCGUAUUCAGACAUCAGGUAAGCAGAGUUUCUCCUCACGGCAAAGACGUUCUAUUUACUACUUUUAAGCUGCCCGUACAAUUUGUCUGAUUCUAUUUUGCUUUUAAGUUUGCAUAACUGGCAAAAGUUUUUUUUUUUUUUUUUUUUGCAGCUAAUAAUUUUGACUUUAUCCCCAAAAUUACUUAUGAAUAACUGUAACUAAGUAUAAAUGGAAAUGUCACAAAUUCACUCCAUUAUUUGUUUAUUAUUUAAUUUUAAAUCCCAGACAUAUUUGUUUUAUUACAAAUGUGAAAAUUACUCAUCAAAUUUCCUUAAGUAUUCUUAUAUAAUAUAGUUUUUGAAUGUUUCCAUUUAGAGUAGGACAUUCAUUUUUAAGGAUGACAAUGAUUGGAAAUUUAACUUUGCUUUAAUUCAAUUUUUUUUUAAACAUCCUAUCCAGGUCGACCAGCAGUUGAUGUUUUAAAACAGGCCUUCAAGGAUCUGAAACAGAUGUGCAGCCAUAUGCUCACAACAUUUGAAGUAAGUUUAUUAUAAGUAAUGUCACUGUCACAAUGGUUGAUCAUGUAUUUGUACUUGUAGAUUGGUUGCAAAAUAGGUUUGUUGCCAUGAUGGAGCUAUUUCAUUCAUGACACUGGUCAAGUCUAAUGCUCUUGAGAAGUCAUGUGACUCAUAUUUAAAUCCUCAAUAAAUUUAAAAUGAAUAGCCAAUGACCAAUAAAAAUAUCUGUUGAAUUGUGAAUGACAUGUUGGCAUGUUUUUGAAAACCAGCAGCUGAAAAUAGCUGGAGCAAACACUAACAUGAAAUAAGUUCAUGUCAGUUAAGACACUAAUUAAUAAUGCUAUGUGUCUUAGAACGUUCAAGCUAAAAAAAAAUUAUUUCCAAAAUGUUUGAUGUCCUUUAGAACCUUCUUUGAAAUAUUCCCUCAAAGUAACUGAUGAAAAUAUCCAGGUUUACUUCAUUAUGUUUUCAGUCCUCUACAAAAUACUACAAGGAAAACCAUGUGGAUGACACAGACAUGUCAUAACCAGCAUUUUGAGUGACUGUGAAUGAGAGAGCUUGGAUUGACAACGUAAUGUGUACAUAGUUGUGCUUGAAAAUAAACAUAUUCCAAAACACCUGACUUCUUUCUCCUUUAAUGGCAAAAGGAAUACUCAAUUCAUUAAAUUGACUUUAUCUCCUCCUUCUUCUUCUUCUCUAUAUGUUUUAUUUUAACAUGCUAAUAUUCAAUAGAAUGUUCAGUUGAGAUCUUAGAUAGAGCAACUUUGGUGAGAGUUUAAAAACACACUUUUUUUAUCACUGUAACAGUGGCAUAAGUAAAUUGAAAUAUUUCAU